UGGACGGUCGCCCCCGAAUCCCGGAGACUUAGUUUCGUUACGUUCGUGCAAUUGCGUUGGAAACGACGGACAGUUUCGCCAACAACACGUAGCAUCUUGGAGCCAUGACGGUGUGCGGUGACGUGGGAGGCGGCAAGGAUCGACCGUCCUGGCUUCGCGUCGUCGAUCGAGCGAGCAUUGUCGUGGCGGUUGCGGCGCAGGUCACGAUGGCCAUGACUUACAUGCUAAUCCUGCGCGACUACGCCACGAACGACUACUUUUGGACCCAUUUCAACGUGACGGGCACGCAGUCAUUCGUGUUGGACGUGUACAACUCCCAGCACUGGCUGCCGUCCGAGUCCGCGCCCUUGGGUCUGUUCACCAUGGACAUGGGGUCGCUGAAAGACUACUCGACGCCGCUCACGUCGCUAACGAUCCAAGCGUCGCGCAGUCGGUACACCGCCUGGCAAGCAUCCGACGACUUACACGUGGCGAUCGCGGGGAUGAGGACACAGUCCGUGAGCUUUAGCGUCCUCAGCCUGACGUGUUUUUGUUGGGUCGACUUUGAGCGGAUAUGGGAGACAGCCCACACGGCGGCACGGCAAGCGCGAUGCCACGCACGCUACCGACCCAACGGCGUCAUGUACUUGGAGUCCAUGCUUCGGAACGUAGAGUGGCGGGCGUGGUAUCGAAUCUGGGGCUCGCAGUUUGACGUUGCGUUCGGCAACACGCUCGCGUCGUCAGCGGCAGGCGUCCGGUGGCUCGACCGAACGACCACCGCCCUCCCCCUCACGUCCAUCACCGACGAAGCGGCGCACUGGCGACACUACAACGUGACGCGGUACCUUCUUCCGUGGGGCAACUCGCGCACGUUAGGUUUCGACGACUCGGUUGUGAUACGAAACGCGCUGCAGUCGUAUUUGCUCCCGCUCAACAAUGUGUUGUACCAGAGUCGUGGCGGGCUAUGGACCAGCGUGAUCGCGUCGUUUGGCGUCUGGAAUGCCCUGGGGUAUGCUAUCCGAAUCAAUGCGAGCCUCAUUCGAGAUGUCCCCAACUCGUUUGUAAACAGCUCGAGGACCCCCGAGGACUGGGUCGGUGGGUACCCCUCGACCCCGUCCAGCAUCUUGAUCCACAACGACAUUGGGCCCCUCGCGUCCAUCGAUCUCAUGUAUGUGGCGUACCCCCCGGCAUUUGUCGCGCUCCACGAUCUUCUGCACAAAUCGUUGGUCCGGGCGCUUCAAACGCAGCCGUCGCUCGCAAAUCUCUUCCUCAACGUGCCGCUUGGCCCGCCGUCGUACUCGAUUACGCCCCCCGCAUGGCGCCAACUCAACGACGUAUGGUUUCUCGGGGGAAGUCCGCUGUGUUACCAGGGCUCGCCGCAAAAAGUCGUCCAGCACAGUUUUAGCUUUGACAGUCCCUGUGCGCCGCCGUAUCCGACGCUCCAAGUCACCCCGACUCGAUUCAACUUGGUGUUUGGCCUAGUCAUGCUGCACUCGAUCUUGGACAUCCAACAACACGUCGACGCCACUUGCGCGAUCGCGACCGGCGUAGACGUCCAGUCGGCGUGCAAACACAGUCUAGAGGCAGCGUACAAGUUGUUUAUUCAGUGGCCGUACACGAGCACGACCCAGAACAUGUCAGGCCUAGUCGAGUCGGUGGCGCACGACGUGGCUGCACUCAACAUCGAGUUCCUUCAAUUCGGUACGACCAUCGACGGUCAACUCAAGACGCUGCAUCAGCCACUCGUGGACGCACGCGAUGCGCGGUGGUCGUUUUAUGGGUGGCUGACACUACUAGAUUGGGUCGAGGGCCGUCGCGAAGUCGUCUCGUUCGAGGGAGACGCAGCCACGUUUGUCGUGAUGUCGGAGCAGGACGACCCGAGUACGUUCAAAAUGGACCCGCUCGCCACGCCGAACCGGUUUGGGUUUGCCAUUUGGGUUGUCGUGUGGUAUUCGGUGGGGCUCAUUACCCUCGUCAUGAUUGUGGCCGUCGGGGGCGGGCUCCUGUCGUCCACACAAGGGUCGUCCUGGCGCAACUUGCUGUCGGUGAAUCGGGUGGUCGGGAUCGUUUGGAUCGGACGGCCACUGCUGUUUGUCCGGGGAUUCACUGCCAUGUCGCUCCUCAGCACGGCGCACAUCGAACUCGUUCAGACGAAUGGGUUCACACGGUUCGAAGUCACCUCACGGUCCAUUUGGCAGUCGAUCGUUGUCGCUGGCGAGUGCCUCUGGGUGACGUACUCGAUCAACGACAUUUUGUCCCUUGCUACAACGACGCGGACACACCGCUGUGGCGUGGCCAGCGCUGCGAUCGUGUGGGUAGCUGCCGUCGCCCUCGACGUCAUCGACCCCAUCGCCCCGACGGCGACGUGGUCGCGCAACUGCACGUCCACAAGCAUUCAAUCCCAAAUGUCGUGUGUAUCGGGCGAAGUCUACAUUGGAAGCUAUGACAGGUUCUUCCUCCUGUGCAUGCUGCAGAUCGCGGCCGUCGUGAUCGGGUGGGGCGUGCUCGUCAUUCUCGACGACGACAAGGCACACCGGAAGACUGCACCAUCCCUGGAGCACCGGCCGCCAUCGACGCCUUGUCCUGUCAUUGUUCCCGCCGUUGCGUUGUACCAUCUCGACAGCCAAGUGCCACCGCGCGGCGGCGGCACCGCCUCCAGCUCCGUCUACUAUUUCGACUCGACGACGAGUUUGCUCAGUGGAUUCGUCAAGUUUCGCGACGUGUUCACGCAAAAGGCGUACGUGUUUAGCUUGCUCUUGUGGGUGUACCUUCCCAUCGUGGACCGAAAAGGAACGGCAGUACAGGCGCCGCACCGGCGCACACUGCAUUCGCUGCCAUCGCAGCUCCCAGGGCCCCCGCACCAACUGCUCGGGCAUUCCAGCAUGUCCUGCAAGCGGCACCAGCAACUCAAGGCCGCGGUCGGCAUUCUCUUCCUCGCGUUGUCCGCGUUGUCGUCCGCGUCGUUCUUUUACGUGUCCCACGUCAAACUCGGCAACGAUUUCAUGUGGGAAGGACUCAACAGCACGGGGUUGCAAGCUUUUCUCGUCGACUGGUAUAACUUCGAGCUCCUGUUCCGACCGGUGGCAGCAAACCUUGACCCGUCGGAAGCGCGGACGACGGCGCUGUACAACGGCACCCGAACAACCGUCUCGUCCAGCGCACUAUACCCGCAGCAGAUCCAAUUCGAAGGGCUGUCGCUCGUCGCGACGGUAGCAAGCCUCCAGGCCACGGAUCCGUGCCAGCUGCCAUGGGUCGCGACGCAGCUGUGCUACGUCGAUUUUCAACGGCGAUGGGAAAUGGCGAGUACUGCGAUCCGGCAGCGUCGAUGCCACGCCAUGGUGUCAAACGCCGCUAUCUUUCUAGAGUCUAUCUUGCGCAAUACCAACAUGGAAGCGUUUGUAGCGUGCUGGGGCCCGUCGGUCGAAGUCGGGCUAUUCCACGACCUCCGGCAAUCCACCGAUGGAAAGGAAUGGAUCGCGUCCGUCAUGGCGGCGCCGAUAUCGCCCGACGAGGAAGUCGCGGUGUGGACAUCCCAGUUUGGCAUUGCGUCGUUUACGACGCAGUGGCAAAACUACAAAAGCCUUGGCAUUGUCGAGACGGUCGCGGUGCGAAACGCGCUCGGGGCCCUCUACCCCCUCACGCUCAAGACAUCGAGUGGGGUGUAUCGCUUUGAACUCGAAACGUCGCGCAAGAUGUACUGGGGCUGGGCCACGGACCUAUGGCUCGUUGGCCGCAACGCGUCCCCGACGUUUGGCGCAUGCCUCGUUCGCAGCUCCAGUGUGUUCUUGUACCGGAACGGGUCGGUAGAACAAGCGUUGGCCACCAACCAAACGCUGGCCAUGCCGCUGAACGCAGGCUUGAUGCUGGUCCGGGCGAGGCUGGGUCCGUUUGGCAGCGUCGACAUGAUUCACGUCGCGAUACCGCAAGACGUGCUCGACUUGGUGCGGCAAGUCAGUGUCGUCGACAUGCAAACGAUGCAACGGAAUCGAUCGUCGCAAUCGCCAACGACGCGCACCGUGCGGUUCAUUUACCCCGUGCCAGCGACGUGGUUACGCCAGAAUGUGUCGACAUGCGGAGGCAGUCUGCUGUGCGCACCGCAGGACAUGGCCCAGGACUUAGCAGGGGGGUUGCUCCCGUUUUUCAGCUCGAGUUCGACGUGUGGGUCGGUCGUGUUGGAGCCGAUCGAAGUGACGCGGGCGGCGUUCCUGUUUGCGUUGAUUGCGUGGGGCGCCGUCGAGCCAUGCAGACGCGAGAACGGCGCGGCAUGCGUGACCGUGCUCGACGCAUGCUCCAACAUUUCAAGGCCGUUUACAACGUGCGUGGAGAACUUUGGACUGAUCCAGCGGUGGAUUGCAAUGUACGUGCGACCGGACAACCGCACAGCGCUGUGGCGCCAGGCGCAAAGGAUCAAGGCGUCGAGUCUCGCGCCGCUCGAGAUCGCGAUCAUGCAGUUUGUGACACGGCAUGGCGGGACGCAGGACGUCGAGCUGUGGGACGCACGCUUGUUUGACGCGGAAGACCCGUACUUUCAGCUCAUGGCGUGGUUCUUUGUCUACGAGUGGGUCGUUGGAUGCCGCGAAGUCGUGACGUUCCAUGGCGACGGUGGCGCGAUGACGCUGCUCUCCAACUACAUCUCGCAAACGACAAUGUUGGCCAACCCGUUUGAGAUUCCGUCCAACGUGGCGUUCUACUGCCUCGUGUGCAUCCAGUACACGACGGGGGUGAUUUUCGUCGUCACGUUCAUCACGAUCGUGUACAGCGUGGUCGGGCGAGGGCGUAUCGAGGGGUACAACAUGCUCGAAGUGAAUCGUGUGGCUGGGAUUGUUUGGGUCGGUCGGCCGCUUUUGUGCUUGCGCAGCCUUGUCGCGAUCUGCUUGCUGGCGACGGCGUCCGUGGACCUCGAGAUCGCCGGCGCGCUCACUCAAAUCGCACCACGGUCCAACGCCGAGUUCGUCUCGACCGCACUCUCGAGCUCUGAAAUGUGCUGGCUCGUCAUUGUGCUCACCGACAUGUGCAUGGCCGCCACAAAGGACUACACAAACAGGUACUCGAUGCGGAGCAGCGUCGUCGUGACGGCGAUCGCGACGACGUGGAGAGCCCUCCAUCCCGUGACGCCCGUGUUCCAAUUGACCCGCCAAUGCACGUCGUCACAAGUCGAUUUUCAGCUGGAAUGCACCGCUGGCAUGAUCAGCAUCGGGCAGGUGUCGCGGGUGUCAGAGAUGGCGACCCUGACAAUGACCGUGGUGGGAUUGUCGUACGUGUGGGAGCGGUGGCGACAACCCCACUUCAAACUGCCGCGUCACAAGGUGUCGCUGCUCCUGCCAGCGGGGGCGCUCUAUUUGUAUCACAAAGAACCAUGGAUCUUCAACAAUACUCUCUACUUGGACAAAGCGUCGGCGUUCAUGUGCGGCCUCGUCGCCGUGACGGUCAGCCAAACUACGUACGUCCUCGACAUCAAGACGUGGCGUCUGCACACGAUCACUGACGACGACGACAUGCUCCAUGGCAUGCACGGCAUGGACCCUUACAAGCGCAGCUCGAUGCUGGCAGCAGUCCCCAUGCUUGAAUGACCUUUCUUCCUGCUUUCAUCCUCGGGGAGAGGGUGUUUGCGUGAGUCCUUUCGACGGUGGCACGCGUCAGCCCACACGUUUAGCUUCGUAGCAUUGUAACAACAACGGAGUCGAGUUCAUGUGCCGA